AGCUCAGGGGGCAGGAGAAGGUUCCACACUGCUGUGAACCACCCCAAGGGCCGCACGGGCGCCGCGCACCUGUGGCUGACACGGCACCUGAAGGAUCCGUUUGUGAAGGCCGCGAAGGCGGAGAGUUACCGGUGCCGGAGUGCCUUCAAGCUCCUGGAGAUCACUGAGAAGCACCAGCUUCUGCGGCCCGGCCUGCGGGUGCUGGACUGCGGGGCGGCGCCUGGGGCCUGGACUCAGGUGGCUGUGCAGUACGUCAAUGCGGCAGGCACAGAUCCCAGCUCUCCAGUCGGCUUUGUGCUGGGCGUAGACCUUCUUCACAUAUUCCCCCUGGAAGGAGCCACUUUGCUGUGCCCUGCUGACGUGACCGACCCAAGAACCUUCCAGAGGAUCCGUGAACUGCUUCCUGGGCACACGGCAGAUGUGAUUCUGAGUGACAUGGCCCCCAAUGCCACGGGGAUCCGGGGUCUCGACCAUGACAGGCUCAUUGACCUCUGCUGGUCCCUUCUGGACUUGGCCCCAUGCAUCCUGCAGCCGGGGGGUACAUUCCUGUGUAAAACCUGGGCUGGAAGGCAAAGCCAUCGGCUGCAGAAGAGACUGGCCCAGGAAUUUCAGAGCAUGCGGACUCUAAAACCCAGUGCCAGCAGGAAGGAGUCGUCAGAGGUAUACCUCCUGGCCACACAGUACCGGAGAGGGCCAGGGUCUGAGCAAGAGUGA